AUGGUCGUAAGUUUAGCUGAGGAGGUCUUGAGUGGCGUAUUGCAAGCUGCUGAACAACUCCAAGGCGCCGUAGUAGCUGCUGAAACUAGCUGUACUGAAAGCUUACGAUGGUCUGGAGCUUUACCGCUGUUACUGCGAGAUUUGGGCGUUCAGAACGUUCUUCAAGCCGAAGAUUUACUCUCUUGCGAGACACCCGAGAUGUUGCGUCGCCUAUUGAGCGUCCAGGAUGUAAACAAGAAAGUUUGUCAUGUGGCAUUAAUGCUCUCGGGAUUUUUAUGGGACUAUGAGACUUUGCUGCAGCGGCUGCUAGCGCUGGGCGUCGUCAGUCGCCUCACAAUCUGCAGUAGCCUCUCGGAGCGUGCGCACGAGUGUUACGACUUCAGUAAAGCAGGACAAGACGCUACAACUGUUGCUACAGGAGCUAGAGCGGAUAAGGUUAUGAAUUUUGAGGAUUUUGCUCAAGAAUUGAACCAGAAUGCAAUGUUUCCAAUGGAGAAUAGAGCAAAAGCGACAAAGGAAGAAAGGUGGGGCUGGGACGACACAGAGACAGAGACAUUAGCUGCUGUAAGAGACGUGCAGAUAAUUCACUUGCCUCUUAAUGUAGUGCCAUUGCUGUCGACUAAGCCAUUUAGUCCAGAGCCCUCAGUGUUUGUAGUAGCACAGCCGACAUGUGCGGCAGCUUUCCCGUUACUAUUACAUCAAGUGAAAAAGAUUAAGAUGACGUCUCUUUUAUCACCAACGGAACAAGGAGGAAGCACGCUCAAUCCUGUGGAAGGUGGCAACAUGUACGCACAUGUCAAGGACGUGCUGCCAGAGCAUAUUCCGACUCCAUUUCGGAGAUCGAUGAGGUUAUUAGCGUAUACCCUUGCGGAAAUGAUGGUUGGAGCUAGAAUGGAUGUCAAGGAACGCAUCUUUGCUGUUGGCGCGACAUCACUUAAGAUAGGGCAUACGCUGUUGCAUAUUUUGAAUGAGUCAAAAGAGGAAGCGACUUCUGCAGCGCGUCAAGACCAACAGGCUGCUUCAAUGGUAAUUGUUGAUCGAACGAGCGACUUAGCGACGCCAUGCUCUUUCGGUGGCUCUCUUCUUGAUCGUAUCCUGGCACUCUUGCCCCAAACGCCUACCAAGUCUACUGCAGGAGAAAAAACGGCUGCACCAAGUGCGAAGUCAAAGACGCGAGAGAAAUUGAGCGUGACCGACAUUUUUCCGCUUCACGGAUGCGAGCCAACCCCGCUGUCGAUAUCAGCACCACUUGCUGCAGCAUUUGACGAGUUUAAGUACCUGCCGUCGAAGUUUGUUUCUCAAAUUAAGUGGAAGGGUGGAGCCAGUUUGUGUCAUCCAACUAUACCUCACGGUUCGAAUGGGUUUCGAUUCCUAGCCUUUAGACCGGCAAAGCUUGCGCUACGCGAUCUUGACAAGCGGCUACAGGCAGUAGAGCAAGAUUUGUUGCAACAGGGAAUAAUUCAUAAAACUGCUGUCACACGUAAACAUGGGGAAAAGAUUCGUGGACGUGAUGUUGUUUUGCGCCGAAUUAGCAAAAUAUUGGAGGCUGGUGAGCCUACAGACCUUGAACAUAGCUCACUAAUUGAGCUCGGCGUGAUCGUUUUAGAAACAUUGGAGCGGAUGGACCAGUCGCAAAAGCGGUGGGAUGAAUGCCGUAAGCGAGUAAUGCGACAACUGGAGCUUCGAAAACAAGGAGGUUGCGAGUGGAUUCUUCCUGAAGUUGUUGAUGUAAUGCAACGUCAGAUGUCUCCAGUGCAGUCGGGCACAUCACCAACUGACAAGGAAACCAUGUCGCUGCAGGAUUUGCUCACGCUACUGGUAAAUGCGUUCGCCCUCUCGUUUGAUGCACCACUGGAAGACUUUACCAUCCAAAUGGUACAAAAGGCUCUUGUUCAAACCAUUAUGCAGAGUGUAAAAGCAAAUCCGCUAUCCGUGCAAAGUGCCCUUCCAAAGUUAUUUGAUCGGCUAUCUUUUUACGUUGGCACAAAUGGCUCACGUGAACAUGUUGGUUUAGAUGACAUUAACACUGAAGUUGAUGCCGCUGAAGGUGAUGACUGGGAUUGGGUUGACAGUAGCAAAUCGCCAACGGCAUUGAUAGACACAUCCACCAGCCACAAUGAUGACGACAUUCAGCUGAUUGAGGCAAUGUCAGUUGUUGAAACUUAUGUGGAGCACUUGAUGAGUCCUUUGAAGGACUGUGGGCAGCAGUAUACAAAAGUCAAUGACGAGGACGCAACACUAAAGGAUGCUGAUUUCUCGCUCAUACCGAACUCCUUGAUCACACAGCUCUGUAGAUCUAUUGUGGACCCAUCAGGGGUGCCUAUUACAGAGAUUCAGCACGUCGUUGAUGCGUCCGAACAGCUGACACGUGCCGGAAUCGAUCUUCUGAGAAGCGGGUUUAGCAAGUUUGGGUUUGGCUUGGGUGACGGCAGUGCCGGUGACUAUCGCAGCACCAGUACGAACAGGUUAUUGGGUGAUUCAAACAUCAUUGUGGUGUUUGUGGUUGGAGGCAUCACUUUCGAGGAGAUUCAGGAAGUGCACGAUGCGCUGAGCGAGAAUACCAAGGGAAGCGGUACAGAAGGAUGUGGUCGCAACGGUGUUUUUUCAUGUGAAAAUUGGAACCAUGAGGUUGCUCCCCGGUUUUUAGACAAAGGACAACAGUGCAAAGAGGCUGGUGUUCGCCCAAUGGCUUGGCUUUCCUUCUAA